AUGCAACACUUGAAUUCACUGGGUUUGGAUGAAGAACCAGAUGGUGAAGAAGAGUGUAUCAGAAAUUCACAAACUGAGCCCUUCGAUCACAAGGCCAAAUUGCCACAAGACAGCCAUGAAAAGGCUCUCUGGGCUCCAGGUGAAAUGAGCCUACUUGUUUGCACGGAGGAGUUAGGGGACGGCGAGGAACUGGUCCCCAGUUGGAUCUGCCGGAGUCCCUCUCCCACACCGGAGUACAAUGGGAGAGAGAGUGGUGGCCAAAGAGAGGCCACAUUUGACAGACAGGCUCCAAGCAGAAUUUCUACAUCGCCAACUCUGAGAAGGCUGAGGAACAACGUCUACAGCCCUUCCCAGUUGUCUCCUCGGUUGGACCUUUUGGAAGGAUCCAAGUGGAGAAGCUGGAAAGGUUCCACAGGAGCCCUUUAUCGGAAUCCUCACAAGAACCCCACGGACUGCCCACCUUCACCGUCUCCCUGGUACUUCAGCGUCGAGCCGCCAUCCUCCUCCUCCGCUGACCCAGAGGUCUGUUCUGACUGGCUGUGCUCCCAAACCAUGGGGCUGUCUCCCAUAAACCAUACCACUGACAUCCGAAUUCAGCCUAUGCUCCAAUCCUCAGAGGACAGCCUCAGUCCUAUAUAUUUGACUGGGAAAGAAGGACAUUCCCAACCCAACACCACUGUCCAGGAUAGAGAAGAAUGCCAUAAGUCCAGAUUUUAUGACCGUAGGCGGAGUUCAGUUGUGGUUACUUUACCUGGACUUGAAGUAUUUCCUGGAGAUCUUCUUGUAUCAGAUGGUGCCAUUAACUACCUGCAUCAUCCAGCGCUGCUUCUAAACUCAGCAUCCAAAAAACCAAGAUGGCCAUUUUCCAGGAAAGGAACACAGAAUAAAGGUAAACAGAAGCAAAAAUCUGAUCUGGAAAACUGCCUUUCAUCCAUUGAGAUCGCAGACUGCAGUGGAUAUGAGUAUGAGUUUCACCCCUUUAAGGAGAUGAGCUGGCAUGAAGUUUUGAAAUCACUGCAAAAACUUCCCAGUGAUCAGCCAGAUUUAAGAAAACAGCAAGAAGCAAUGUGGGAACUUUUCACCAGUGAAUGCACAUACUUGUUGGAUCAUUUGCUUGUUCUCAAAAUGAUCUUUCUGAAGACGUUAAGAGACCUACAAAGUCAUGAACACCUCUUGGAUGUGGAUGCAUGGCGACUUUUUGCCAACUUGGAGGAGUUAAGUCAGAUAAGCCUCAGCUUUGUGACCAAUUUGUUCGGCACUGUAAAGGCCCACAUCAGUGCCCCUGAAGCUACGUCCUCAAUGGAAAUCAUCUCUGUACUUACGCAGAAUUUCAAAGGGAGCCUCUGCCGGAGCCACCAGACGUACUGCCUUAACUACACAUCUGCUGUCUUUUAUCUCGAGAACCUGAGACAAAGAGAGGACUUUGGCAUCUACCAAAAGUGGUGUGAACAGGACGAACGGUGCAAGCGACUCCACCUCCCGGAACUCCUGGUGGCUCCCUUGCACAGGCUGACUCGGUAUCCCUUACUUCUGAUGAACAUCUGGAAAAGGAGCACGGACCCUAUCGAGAAAUUCGCCAUCUACUCCCUGAAGGAGAAGGUGGAAAAGUCUGUCCGGGAACUUGAAGGAAAAGUGAAAUGGCUGGACAACUUCCAGAAAUGUAGACAACUUCAGGAGAUUAUAGUGUGGCCUCCUCUCUGGGACCGAGACAAAAGGUUUUUCAUUCCAGAGUGCCUGAAACACAUUUUUAAAGAACCCCUAGGGGAAAACACCCUGUCUUCAGUGGAGAAACACCUCCUCCAUGAAGGGAAAUUAACGCUUGCAGAAAGCACAAGAUUCCUUGAUGUCUACCUGUUUCUAUUUGAUGAUUUCUUAUUGGUCACAAAAAUCAAACGCAACAAGAAGAAACCCUUGGGCUCAGACUUGGGCUUAAAAUACCCUUCCCUUUCUCCAGAGCUACAGGCAGUAAUAAAAGAGGGUGGAAUUUGCACAGUUAUCGACCAACCUAUUCCACUUGACAGACUGGUGGUAAAAGAUAUUGAACAACCCCACGUAUCAGGUUUUGGUCUGAGAAACACUUUGCUCGUACAGCAUGAAAACAGAUAUCAACAGUGUAUAGCAGCUUUUCUACUCCAAGCACAAACAGAAACCAUCAAGAAAACAUGGAUGGCAGAGAUAGAAAUGGCAACCUCUUGCUAUGCUAAACGAUGUGAAACCAAGGAAGGAUCUUCGCUCAAUCUGCCAAAGGAAUCACCUGAAAUUUAGUACCCUUG